AUGGAGAAACGCAUAACUAAGGAGAUGAAUGAUGAUUUGCAGAGAGAGUACAGCAAAGAUGAGGUGGUAGUAGCUAUGCAACAAAUUGGGCCUUUGAAAUCACCAGGCCCCGAUGGAUUUGGUGCCUCUCUCUAUCAAAACUACUGGGAGGUGGUGGGGGAUGAGGUGACAGAGGCAACGUUAAGCUUUCUUAGGGGGAAGGGUAGCUCGAAUUGUUUAAACCAUACACAUGUGGUUUUGAUCCCUAAGAUAAAGGAACCAAAAGAUGUUGGGGAUUUUAGACCAAUUAGUCUUUGCAAUGUUUUUUAUAAAAUCAUUGCAAAGACUCUGGCCAAUAGAUUUAAGAAAGUGCUAAACACUGUGAUUUCUUUGAACCAAAGUUCUUUUAUACCGGGGAGGCUUAUUACUGAUAACAUAAUUGCGGCCUAUGAAAUUCUCCAUUCCAUGAAGAAGAAGAAGAAGAAGAGAGGAAAUAAGAGGAGUAUGGCUUUAAAGCUUGACAUUUCAAAAGCAUACGAUAGAGUAGAGUGGGGUUUCCUAAGGGCAGUAAUGGUUAAGUUGGGUUUUGGUGAAAAAUGGGUGGGUCUCAUAAUGCAGUGUGUUCAAACAGUAUCCUAUGCCAUUUUAGUGAAUGGAAAACCUGGAAAUUCUUUCACACCAUCUCGGGGUCUAAGGCAGAUUUACGAGGAAGCUUCAAGUCAUUGUUUAAACAGGCAGAAAACAGCUUUGUUUUCUAGCUCUAACAUUAAGGCAGAUAUUAGGGAGAGGAUCAGAGUGGAUGUGGGUGCAGGGAUCCAGAAUAAUUGUGAAAAGUACUUGGGAUUACCUGUGAUGGUGGGGAAAUCUCAAUAUAAUACCUUUAGAGGUAUAAAAGAUAGGGUGUGGAAUAAAAUUAGUAAUUGGAAAAAUCAUUUUCUCUCACCCUCUAGCAAAGAAGUAUUGUUGAAGGCAGUGGCACAAGCUGUCCCAACUCAUCACAUGAAUGUUUUUAAACUCCCUGUGAAACUUUGUAAGGAAAUAUCUGCAUUAAUUGCUAAAUUCUGGUGGGGUUCUCAGCAAAAUGAAAAUAGAAUCCAAUGGAAGAGUUGGGCAAAAAUGGGAACUGCUAAAACAGAAGGGGGUAUGGGUUUUAGAGAGCUUCAAAAUUUCAACACUGCACUUUUGGCAAAGCAAUGUUGGAGGAUCAUGACCAUGCCACAAUUUGUUGCUGCGAGGGUUCUGAAAGAUAAGUAUUUUAAACACUCUGACCUACUGAAAGCUAAAUUGGGGUGGGAGCCUUCAAAAAUAUGGAGGAGUUUGUGGGGGUCUAUUGGUUUGUUAAAGGAGGGAUUGGUUUGGAGGGUGGGGAAUUGUGAACAGGUGAAGAUAUGGGAGGAUAAGUGGAUACCAAAACCCAUUCAAUUUAGCAUUCAAUCCCCUCAAAGGAAUUGGUCUAUACAAUACACAUACAGAGAAAACAAUAGAGUAGCUCACACUUUAGCUAAGCUGGGUCUUGAUGUAUUGGAUGAAUUUGUUUGGAUGGAAGGGGUCCAUCAGGAAUUAAUUCCUUUGUUUUGCAAGACAAACUAUGUAAAGUUCUAG